AUGGAGAGUCACAACAUUCUUAGCUGGAAUGUUAGAGGUAUUAAUAAAAGGGAGAAACAGGUUUCUCUGAGUAGGUUUUGUUUUGUGAAUAAAAUUGGUCUUGGAGCCCUGUUGGAGACAAAACUUCGUGGUGUUAAAGUUGGGAAUAUGAUGAGCUCUUGUUUCAUAGGGUGGAAUUACUACUCGGGUUCUACUUCAGAAGAUCAAAUUCUACGAAGCGAAGAUUACCUCUUUGGGUUGAGCUUCCCAGCCAUUCCAUGGAUUGUGGCUGGGGAAUUUAAUGCUGUUUUUGAGGGUACUGAUAGAGUGGGUGGUCGAACCAUUUCUGUCAUUGAAUUGGAGGAUGCUCAAAAGUGGAGGGCCUUGGGUUUAGUUGAUGAGUUACGCUCCACAGGGUCUCAUUACACUUGGACAAAAAAGCAAGAUAAUGAGAAUAGAAUUUACUCUAAACUGGACAGAGUUUUUAAAAAUGAAGAAUGGUUGGAUUUGUUCCCUCAAGCUGAAGCUAUUUUUAACUGGGAUUUGCUCUCUGAUCACUGUUAUUGCAUCAUUAAAUCGGGAGCUACUGUAAACUGUGGCAUUAAGCCUUUUAGAUUCUUCAAUAUGUGGACUGACCAUGUUAGCUUUAAAGAUACUGUCUUGCAGAGCUGGAACAAGCCUAUUAAAGGAGCUGGGUUGGUGCAAAUUUUUAGAAAACUGAGUAGACUUAAGGUAGUUUUGCGCAAGUUCAAUAAGCAUUUUGUGGGAGAUGUUGCUCAGAAUUUUAGUUUGGCUAAGGAUAAGUAUCAAUCUGCCCAAGUUUCUCUUCAAAAGAACCCCCACUCAAAAGAGUUGCAAAGAGAGGAAUUGUUGGCUGGUGAAAGUUUUGCUUAUCAUGCUAGAGCAUAUGAUAGUUUCUUGAGACAGAAAAGCAAAGUUGACUGGCUUCGUUAUGGGGAUGAUAACACGGCUUAUUUUCAUGCGUGUUUAAAACAAAGAAGAGCUAAUAAUAGUAUAUCCUCAGUUGUUACUGAAUCGGGUCAGUAA